CCGUGCUCUCCCUGCCCUCCGUCCCUGCCCGUGAGCUCUGCUCUUGCUCUGGAUUCCUUCUUCCCUGGUCGUCGUCGUUGCUGCUGCUGCUGCUGCGGAGGAGGACGGGGGACCCGGACGACCAAAGAGGAGGUAGGGAGGGAGGGAGAGCCAUGGCCUCCACAAUUGGCGUGCUUGGCUGCAAGGCGCCCCUACUCCAGGACCGCGUCUGCAUUUCCAGGACAAUUGAGUGCUUGAGUGUUCGAGAGAAUCGAGUGUGCUUUGCGAAGAGAUUCUGUGCCCCUACCCCGUUGGCGAGGAUAUCCACGCGAUCGGUUCAUCGAGACCAGUUACAUCCUCUCCAGACCACGCAGAUUAAUGCCAUGGGAGAGAAUGCUGAGAAAAAAACUGAGGAAAAGACCGAGACGGAGGCUAAGACUGCAGAGUACAGUGCCAGCAUGCAGCAAGCCAUGGGUACAACACUGGAGUACAGGCAUGAACUGGGGAUGAAUUACGCCCAUGUGUUAACGGACCUCAUUGUAGGGUCUUGUCUUCAGACUCCUGCAGACGCAGAUAAGCUAAAAGAUGCGGGUGUUGGAGUCAUAUUUUGUCUACAGCAGGACCCCGAUCUUGCAUAUUUUGGGGUUGAUCUUCCGGCCAUCCAAGCACAUGUGAAGGAGCUUGAUGGGAUCGAUCACUAUCGAUGCCAGAUAAGAGACUUCGAUCCGUAUGAUUUGCGGAUGAGGUUACCAGUAGCCGUGGCUCAACUGCACAACGCUAUUGAAGCACAUAAGGGCAAGACCGCGUAUGUGCAUUGCACUGCUGGGCUUGGCCGGGCCCCUGGUGUUGCGCUUGCGUACAUGUACUGGUUACGGGGAUUAUCACUCAAAGAAGCUAAUGAUCGUCUUCAGAAAGUGAGGCGCUGUCAUCCAAAGCUGGAGUCUAUCAAAGCUGCAACUGCUGAUCUGUUGACAGAGGGAUCAAAGCAAGUAGUAGAUCUGAAGUGGGAGGGCGGACCUAAACAUGUGGAAAUCGCAGGUCUUGACGUUGGUUGGGGUCAGGUUUAUCUGCAGACUCGACUUCCAAUGGAGUAUCGUCAAAGUGAAAAUCAGUGGAUUCUAAGGCGGGAACUCCCGGUUGGAAGGUAUGAGUACAAGUUUGUUGUGGACGGCGUUUGGAUGACAAACCCAGAAUUGCCUUUAUCUCAACCAAAUAGAGAAGGCCAAGUUAACAAUGUCAUUGAGUGGAAUCACAGGUUACGGACACAGCACAGAGUGGAGCGUCAAAGCAACUCCGAGAGCAGUUGAUGCAAGAAGAUGCAGACCUUACAUCCGAGCACCGUGCCAAGAUCCGUGCAAAGCUGGAAGAGAUUGCGAAUAGCGGGCAAUGGUGAAAUAAUCGUCAGUCUCUCAUGGACAUUUUUGCAGAAAUUUUGCACAUCAUUUUCAUCAUUUGUACCAGUCUUAUCAACGCUAAAAUGCAAGGUUCAAAGACGUCCUUGAUCAUCAGACAAUCGUCACUCAAUUGGCUUCUAGUUACUAUUCCCUUCUCAGGAUGCACACAUUCUGAGCUCACUACUGGCGCGUUCAGAUGAGGUACUUGAAGCACUACAUGCAUGUUCCAGUCUUGUAUGCAACACUAGAGCCAUUCAAGUGCACUGUUUAUGGAUGGAAACAAACAGUGUAGAGGCCGUCUGACAAUCCGUAUAGGUGAUAGAAUAGUUGGAGAUUGCAAAAUGUUAACAAAGCCUUGAGGGUGUAGUACACAUUUUGGAAGUACUGUAAUGUCACUCUGCCAGGGCAUAUGUUCAAAUAUCCCACCAGAAAAACAUUUUGUGCUCAAA